GAUGCAUUAUUUUAAGUUAUGAAGUUGCUAAAAUUGCAAUAUCCAAGCAUUUGUAACUGACGUGGCAGGGCAUCAUAGCGUGGGCGUGGCCUCGCAUUGUCAACAUCCUGGUGCGAGAGCUGGUUCUCUCCAAAAUGGCGACGGUGGACAACAGAGAAGCAGGUCAGGACGACCCAGAGAGUGAAGAUGAGGUGUACGAGGUCGUGGACCUGACAGAAUACGCCCGGAGGCACCAGUGGUGGAGCAGGGUGUUCGGGAACAACUCGGGCCCCAUCGCUGAGAAGUAUUCUGUGGCCACUCAGAUCGCGAUGGGAGGGGUGACCGGAUGGUGUGCUGGGUACGUCUUCCAGAGAGUCGGGAAGAUAGCUGCUACUGCUGUUGGUGGAGGCUUCCUUCUAUUACAGAUUGCCAAUCAUAGUGGCUACGUACAGGUGGACUGGAAGAAGGUGGAGAAGGACGUGAAUAAAGCAAAGAAACACUUGAAGAAGAGGGCAGACAAAGCAGUCCCUGAAAUAAACACCUUCAUUGAGGAGGUAAAGGCCACAGACUUCAUAAAGAGGAACAUCGUCAUGUCCAGCGGCUUCGUCGGCGGCUUCUUUCUGGGUUUGGCGUCCUAACGCCGCUGCACAUGCCGCCGUCUCCACUUACUGUGAAUCACAUCGCUGCAUAGGUCACUUUCCUCUCUGCUGUUUACCCCUCGACACCCCUCGUGUGCAUUGAUUUAUGGACGGGGGUUAUGUUGAGCAUUAAAGCAUGAUCUGUUGUGACAGUCUUACUGUUUUAUACUUUUAAACAAAUGGCAGUUCAUUAUUUGCGGGGGGUUAAGUACACAUUCUGAAGUCUGUAUCAGAGUGUGUGGAGAAUUUGAUUUCUUGGAUUGUACUGUGAAGACUCUAAUGCUAAACAUGCCGAGCUGCCACAAAAGGAGCACAGAUGUCUCAAUCGUUGUCAUCUCCUUAUGUAUAAUUGGUGGAUGCUGAUCUUAUACUGUUUGGUAUAUAAGUUGGCUUGUGUGGGCGCCACUGGCAAUAUAGAACCACCCCCCUUUUUGGAGCUGUAAAUACCCACACAAAAGGAAAUAUUAUAUGAACAGCGAAGGCAGCAGAGUGGGAAGUUAUCAAUGUUCCCCAGUCUUGUUGCUUUGGGGUAUUUUUUUAUGUAACUGCGAAGUUUGGCGAGUUUGUGCCAUUUAAGCACCAGAGCAAACACAUUGUUUAUUUGAAGUCUUGCACACUCACUGACUGGGGGUUUAAACAAAAGUAUUUUUCCACUCUGAGCGAGAGUUCUUAAUCAUAUACAACACAUAUCACAUGGCCAAAGCGAAAUAUUCCAUCUGUUUACCUCUACUUUGAAAUUAACCACAACUGUUGAUUACAGAUUCCCAUAAUCCUCAGCCACUUUACUGGCAGGACGAGCAUCUGCUUUACACUAAUUACUGCCAUCAGACGCUCAGAUACCAAAAGAGAAACCAGUCCCGUCAUUAAAGAGCAUAAUGGAGCAGCGAUUUGUGAGUCCUCCACCCUCGCUGUUGUCCCUGUGCAUUUAGAAGUGUCAGUGUAGCAAUAUGCAACACAAAGGCGAUGCUGCGUUGUCAUGCAUUAUGUCCAAUAUCCACGCAGAAUAAGUUGAUCACAAGUUGCUUUUUUGUUGUGUUUGCCUUUUACUUACAGUGCAAUAUACAGUAAUGUUUCAGAUGCAAGGUUUGGUUUCUGAUGAGCUUGUAUUCUCAUUACUCCCUCAUUGUUUCUAUGCCUUGUUGUUUUGAUAACCUCAUUUGAGCUGUGUCUAUGGAGUUUAAGUUGCCAGAUUUUCUUUUGAGAAACAAUAAAAGAAAAGAAAA